CACGGCUCCUGACCAAACGCUUCUCUCGCCUCUGCGCAACUGUGCCUUUGCUUCACGCCUUCUCGUCCGUUUUCUUCUCCUUCUUUCUUCGGCAACGGCAACGGCGAACGUAUUCUCUGCUCGGAAAACAGCGACGGUCGACGCUUACGGCCUCGCGCUCAGUAGUUAAGGCUCGCGUCGAAAACCUUUCCAUUCUCUGGAUCUGAUCGUCCUCUCCUCGCUCGCGUCGCACGCCCGCCGAAAGAUCUUCAUUCUUCCAGUCUUGUCCUUCUUCUUCUGUUCUUUCUUCGCUUGAGCUCAGGUCCAGAUUCCAGACUCACCUCCUGACCUCCACCAUCUGUGAACCUUGCAUUCCUAUUUACAAGCGCAGUCUUAUAUGUGAAUAAUUGAGAAAUUCCAUUGCCACCAUUUGGUUUUUGAAUUAUUGCGUGAACAGCUCUGGUACAGACCUAACCUGAAAAAGUGCAUGAGCUCUUUCAAGCUAUUGUUGAUGAGGGUUUUGUGAAAUCUAAAGGUCUUUUUGCUUGGAAGAAAUUUGAAGGGGAAGCUUUCUCGGUCUUGGUCUUGGUCUUGUGCUUGGCUCACUCAAAAUUGAUUUGUUUUUAGUUAUUAAAAAAAAAAAUUAUAAACCUCCAAAAUAUAGGCUCUGUGUCCAGGCUGAAUAAACUGGUUUGAAUUGAGUUGGGCUUGAAUACUGCCGGCUGAAUUACCAGCUGUAAUGUAAAUGCUCUUUGUCAUCACAGUCGCAGCACGCUUGGCUGCCCUGUUUUACGGGUUGGGUUAAGUUGUGUUGGUUCUACCCAUAGCCUGGAUUUGCUGGCGUCCCUUCUCUUCCUGACCAAAACUAGGCAAAGCUAGGUAGAUUGGGUUCUGAAUCUGAUUGUUUGAAGCUGCAGCGUCCAUGGCAGUGUAUUACUACCUCUACUUUUCUUUCUGAGCAGUUGACCACCUUCCUUUGCUACCAAAAAUUGUUCAUUUUUUCUGAUUCUUGAAUUGCCUUAGUUUAUAUUCUUCAUCCAAGAGUUCGGUGCCUUUAAUUUCAUCUUGGAAGAAGAUGGGGAGAUUUGAUAAGUACAUAUAUUCCUUAAAAUUUCGUUUUUCCUCAUUGUGUGCUUUUGAUUAUAUCUUCAGAAGUCAAGGUCCAUCCCACAAUGUAACUUUGCUUCAAUCACCAACCAUGUACUUCUCUAGAUACUCUACUUAUCACCAUAUGUUAAUACAAGUGGCUUCUUGUUCCUGUAUGCGCUUCAUUAAAUCUUCAUUGCCCAUGAAUUUGUUUGUUACACAUGGUAUUUCUAUGCGAUUGUAUUGUUCAGAAGCUAUUCCUACGGAUCGGAGUCUUGAUUCUAGUAAUGUUGAGGAUCACCGCUUAGAAAGUGAUAUAGAAAAGAUAUACAGCACAAUAAUGGAUAAAUCCAUUGGACAUAACAACACGGAGAAAGCUCUUGACCGACUUGGAAUACCAUUGUCAACUCCUUUGGUUACUGGGAUCUUGAAGAGGCUUCAUUUUGAAGAAAAGAUGGCAUUUAGAUUUUUCACAUGGGCUGGCCAUCAAGAGAAUUAUUCCCAUGAGUUUUGUGCUUAUAAUGAUAUGAUAGAUAUCCUAUCUAGUACAAGAUACAAAGUAAGACAGUUUCGAAUAGUUUGUGACAUGUUGGACUAUAUGAAGAGGCAUAACAAGGACGUGGUCCCGGUUGAAGUUCUUUUGACUAUUUUGAGAAAAUACACUGAAAAAUAUCUAACUCAUGUGCAGAAGUUUGCGAAGAAGAAGAGGAUAAGAGUAAAAACUCAGCCAGAAAUAAAUGCAUUUAACCUGCUAUUGGAUGCUCUUUGCAAGUGUAGCCUGGCUGAGGAAGCUGAAGGUCUCUUUAAGAAAGUGCAAAGCAAAAUUAAGCCCAAUGCAGAUACAUAUAACAUAUUGUUUUUUGGCUGGUGCAGAGUUAGAAACCCAACUAGAGGAAUGAAAGUGCUGGAAGACAUGAUCCAAUGCGGUCAUAUACCUGACAAUUUUACAUACAAUACUGCCAUUGAUACCUUCUGCAAAGAAGGCAUGCUAAAAGAGGCUUUAGAACUUUUUGAGUUCAUGAGAACAAAAGGUUCUACCAUAUCUUCUCCCACUGCCAAGACAUAUGCAAUCAUUAUUGUUGCUCUUGUUCAAAAUGAUAGAAUGGAGGAUUGCUUUAAACUUCUGGAGUGUAUGAUUAGUAGUGGUUGCCUUCCUGAUGUCUCAACAUACAAGGAUAUAAUUCAAGGAAUGAGUUUGUUUGGAAAGAUAGAAUUAGCUUACAAAUUUUUGGAGGAGAUGGGAAACAAAGGUUAUCCACCUGAUAUAGUAACUUACAAUUGUUUUCUCAAGGUCCUUUGUGACAAUAAGAAGUCUGAUGAAGCACUUAGACUUUAUGGAAACAUGAUUGAUUUAGGCUGUCUUCCCAGUGUCCAGACUUAUAAUAUGCUGACUUCAAUGUUUUUUAAGAUGGGUGAUCCUGAUGCAGCAUUUGAGACUUGGCAUGAAAUGACCAAGAGGGGUUGUGCACCAGAUAGAGAUUCAUACUGUGUGAUGAUUGAUGGGUUGUUUAGGUACGAUAAGGUGGAAGAUGCUUGUUUUCUCUUGGAAGAAGUUAUAAACAAGGGAAUAAAAUUGCCAUUUAGGAAGUUUGAUACUAUUUUGAUGCAUCUUUCUGUAAUUGGUAAUCUCCAAUUCAUUCAUAGGCUCUCAGAUCAUAUGAGAAAAUUCUACAAUACUGCUUUGGCGAGACGAUAUGCGCUUGGUGAGAAACGCAAGAGUGCAAGUUUGCGAGGGAAAUAAUAACAUGAAAUUCCUUGUCUAGCUUGUGCCACCUGUUAGGGUAACUUGAAUGGAAAGGAGUAAGGAGGUUUCUCCUUGUGAUAGGUUAAAAAAAAAAUUUGCUGGAAGCAUAAUUCCAGGCCUCAGAGUAUGUCCUUGUACUAGUAUCUUGACAUAAUGCCAAUCAGUUGCUUCUUUGGAAGUGCUCUAUUGGCCACUUUAUUGCGGCAAAUCAUUUUAUUCUUGGAUGUAUUUAUUCUCAUAUAUAGUGUGCCCUGAAAAUUUUUUGGAAUUGUUUUGGCAUACUGUCACUGUGCAAUCCUCAUUUAGAAGGUCAUGCGACCAAGAGGUGGAAGGAGUCAUGCUAGUACUUUGUGGCCUCAUGUUAGCAGAGCAAAGGUUGGACAGCUCUCAUGUGCUGAUCAGAAGGCAAAAAAUAAAACUGUCUGCCUGUGUCUCCCUCGUCCCAAAAAAGAAAAAAAAAAAAGAUUGUAUGCUUAGUCUGGUUGCUGAAAAAUUUUGAAAAAUAGAAGUUCUUCUGGAGCAGUGUUGCAGUGUUUUCAUACUCCAGAAGCAACCAAAGUGUCUCAACUCUACCUUAUGUUUACAAAGGGUGCAUAACAACUUGUAUAGGGUCUGAAGAUUAGGCGCCACCCCAUCUUUUCAAGUUCUAUAUGGUUUAUUACCCUGCACAAUAACUUUAUUAUGUAUGGUUUUUGCUUUUGUUUCUGCCUUUCGUUGACACUGAUUCAUGUUUUACAAUUGGGUGCCGCUCUUUUUAUGGAGUAAAGCGAGGAGCUUAUGGUGGAAUUGAGUAAUUGUCUCUUCUUUUUCAAGAAAAUAAUAUUAACUCAAAGUUCCCUGCCCAUCCCAAAGAAACCAAAGUGUUGUUUUUAUUUUCUUGUUUUUGUUGGGGGUAUAUUCGCAAAAAACUUAUAUAUUUAGUCUUAUAUAUUUAAUGUGCUUGUAUUUGAUUUGUGGAUCUUUUAUAGAUUAUUCAUUUUAUAAUAUACUCGUGUUAUUAAUUUUAUUAACAUAUUAAGAUUUACUUGUCAUGAUUUAGGUGGAUAUAAGUAUAUUAAAUAUAUAACUUUAAGUACAUAAGUUAUACCUUAUCUGCAAAAGCGAUGUAUUUUAAGGCAUGCAUUACAUUUCUUUAGACCCUUUUGUGGUCUCAAAGGGGCCAACACGCAUGGUGUGUGGCGUGUGUGAACUUUAAAGAUAAAAAAUAUAAAAUUGCUCUUUUUCUCUCAACUGAAUUAAUCUUUUGUUGCUGGGAUAUAUGGGUUACAUGUUGUAAUGGGCUGUUUGGUUUGGAUCGAAGAGAACCAAAAUGGUCUUAUCAUUUUUCUUUAGAGCUUGUGUUGACAAAGACUUGUGUACAAGGUACAAACUCCGUAACACGAAUAAAAGUAGCAGAAGAGGCAGCAACUGAGGUGGAUGGUUCUGUCUGGAACAAAGGAAGCAGCUGAUGUGGCGGUGUAAUAAGAGACCAACAGGGGAGGUGGAUAUGUGGCGUCAGUGGUAAAAUUAAUUCAGUACCUCCAGUAAUUGCUGAAUUAAUUGCUAUUAUACAGAGUUUGAAAAUCUGUUGGCUGAGGGGUCUAAAGGAUGUUACUGUUAUCUUGGAUUGUACAGAAGCAAUUUCCUUAAUCAUGAAGGAAUGCGAUAAUCAAGAUCCUUUCAUUGACAUCAUAGAGGAAGCUAGAUACUUGUAUCAUCAAGAUUGGCAUGUGCUGUUAAAACACACACAGGGAGGAGAGUAACCUUGCUCGCCUGCUUGCAAAUUACUCAUGGCUGAGAUGCUAAUUUUGAAAUCCUAGAUCAACCACCAUCUCUUUUGACAGGAGAUGGAGGCUGAUAAAGGGUUUUUGUUUUCUUUUUUUCAGACCUAAAGUAAGCUCCAUUCUCGAUCUUUUUAGGCUUGAAGGAAAUGAUAUAUGUCUUAAGAACUUUUUUGUAAUUUCUCCCUUUUUGUUUUUUGGUUAAUCUAAAGAAGCUCUUUUUAAAAUUCAGUUCCUUGACUUUCUUCAGGGGCAUUGUAAGUAUAAUAAUAUGAUUUAGAUACCUGUUUA